CCCUUUGUUCACCCUUUCGUACUUUCUCCCUUUUUCUUUCAUUUGUUUUCAUUUGUUUUCAUUCUUUCGGCUCGUCUACUAGUCUCACAGAUCCCACUCGACGGGGAGGCGCUAUACUUGAAGAACGACUUCAUAAGAGAACAUACCAUCAUGUCACCGGUGGCGAGCCCCAGUGCGAAUGGACGGCCUGGUAAAAGAGCCCAUCCUUACUCACGAGCCGUAUCCACGGGAAGUGAGAGUCCGGAGCCAGAGUUGAUGGUGGGAGAAAGUGGAGAUAUGGAUCAGGUGAUGAGGGAGAGGAUAGCAAGGAAGGAAGCGAGAAUCAUCCGAAAUCGUCAAUCCGCUCAACGAUCCCGCAAUCAACGCAAAGCCCACGUCACAUACCUCGAAGACCGGGUCAAAUAUCUUGAACAAGAAAACCAACGAUUACGUGGCGAUUCCCCUUCCCUUCCCCAAUCACCCAUUUCAACUUCCUCAUCUCUCUCCCCAGUCGUCCCCGCAUCACCAGCGAGAAGCGUUGUUUCGCUCACAAGCGGUAUCACUCUGUCCGACAUCGCUCCUGCCCCAAAAGACAUGGAUGUGGACGUCAAACCCGUUAUUCCUGUGACUUCAUCUUCUGCUCAACCUACUCAGGCGUCUGGACUUGAAGAGAGUACAUUGUUCAAAGCGAUGCGGGAGGAGAAUGCGUUGUGGCGAGAGAGGGUAUCGAAAUUAGAAGAGCUAGUCAAAUCACUUACCGGCCUCAUCCAACUCCCUACGCCCACUUCGGCAAUCUCAGCUGAGAUACCCGCAUCCCCUUUGGUCCCCGUGGAUGCUUUCGACAUCACUGCAUUCCUCGAACCGAUUAUACCUGAUACUGGUGCCGCGAUGGAAGUUACACCUACGCAUCCUUCUGGGCUUCAAACGACUCUUUCUCCAGCUUUAUCACCCCUUGAAAAGACAUCGCCUUCCCUGACCGCAAUCACAUUCUCAAAUUCGAACGUCACCGAAACCACACCAUCCUCUACUUCGACCGAAAUCGACACCCUCGCUCGCCACCCAGCAGAGGUGGCGACCCUCCCUCCCUUUACUGGGCUCCGGAGGGCCCCGCAGCGGGCGAGGAUCAUGUCGACUACGUCACGCAAGAUGGUGUUGGAUCUGGGAACCGAAGUGGGCAGAGCGAGGUUGGACGUGGCAGCGAGGAUUAUAGUGGGAUUGGCCCAACUCAGAGCUUCACAUCAGAAAGUGGCUUGUUGUCGUUCUCGAAUCCGAUACAAGGGGAAGGAGUGGCCUGGCAGGAGAUGGAUGGGGAGAUAAUGUUAAACAUUCCUUGGGAGGUGACGGAGGAAGGAUGGGACGAGGGCAUGAGGAUGUUGUUAGCUCAGAUCGAGGCGCAGUCAGAGAUGGAGAUGGACACACCGGAAGAAAGUGGAGGUGUAGACAAGAGGGAUGUCGGGGUCACGGGAUGGACAGGGGCGCUUCGACUUGCCGCUUGAGCUGGGUUACUCGGAGAUUUUUGACGUUUGUGGAGUAUAGGGGAAGAGAUGAUCACCCGCUCGCCGCAAGGUUUGAGCCGUGAUCUCUUAUCCCUUUCUCUUGUUGUUAGGAUCGAAGAGGAAACUGGCGUAUAGGAGGUAGGAUUAUUGUGUUUCGGUCAGUCAUGGCGACUUUGAUGGACUUCAUGUAGUGGUUUAGAGGAUGGAGGAUCCAUGCAUGGGGACGGAUAUGAGUUGCGUUACGCACAGUUCCUCCGAG